AUGUACGGCAGUGCCAGAGCUGUAGGUCAUAUAGAGAGCAGCCCCGCACGGUCCCCGCGCCUGCCAAGGUCCCCCAGACUGGGCCAUCGGAGGGCCAACAGCGGGGGUGGGGGUGGUGCGGGGGGCAAGACGCUCUCCAUGGAGAACAUCCAGUCCCUAAACGCUGCCUAUGCUACUUCAGGGCCCAUGUACCUGAGCGACCACGAGGGCGUGGGCUCCACUGCCACCUACCCCAAAGGCACUAUGACUCUGGGUCGCGCCACUAGCCGGGCCAUGUACGGGGGCCGCGUCACAGCCAUGGGCAGCAGCCCCAACAUCGCUUCAGUGGGACUGCCCCAUGCUGACCUUCUGUCUUACAGUGACCUGGGCUCCCUCUCCAUGCUGCACCCCCACCACCACCAGGGGGUGCCCUCCGCCCUGCUGAGGCAGGCAGUGCGGGGCAGUGGGGGGGAGCUGCUGGAGAUGCAGGCCCAGCUCAGGGAGAUGCAGAGGGAGAAUGAGAUGCUGCGUAGGGAGCUUGACCUGAAGGACAGUAAGUUGGGAUCUUCCACCAACAGCAUCAAGAGCUUCUGGAGUCCUGAGCUGAAGAAGGAGAGAAUAAUGAGGAAAGAAGAGGCUGCACGCACAUCAAUCCUUAAAGAGCAGAUGAGAGUCACUCAUGAGGAGAACCAGCAUCUCCAGAUGACCAUCCAGGCUCUGCAGGACGAGCUGCGCACACAGCGAGACCUGAACCACCUGCUGCAGCAGGAGAGCGGUAACCGCUCCGGUUCUGAGCACUUCACCACCAUUGAGCUGACGGAGGAGAACUUCCGUCGGCUGCAGGCCGAACACGACCGGCAGGCCAAGGAGCUCUUCCUGCUGAGAAAAACGUUGGAGGAGAUGGAGCUGAGGAUCGAGACCCAGAAACAGACACUGGGGGCCAGAGACGAGUCCAUUAAGAAGCUGCUGGAGAUGCUGCAGAGUAAAGGGCUGCCCCCGGGGCCGGUCAGGGCGUCUGAGGAGGAAGAGCAGGAGAGAGCCAGGCGCAUUGCUGAGGCAGAGGCCCAGCUGGGACACCUGGAGGUCAUUUUGGAUCAAAAGGAGAAGGAGAACAUCCAUCUGCGAGAGGAACUGCACAGAAGAAAUCAGCUGCAUCAGGAUCCAAGCAAAACCAAGGCCCUGCAGACCAUCAUAGAGAUGAAAGACACCAAAAUUGCCUCUCUGGAGCGCAACAUCCGAGAUCUGGAGGAUGAGAUCCAAAUGCUGAAGGCAAACGGCUUACUGAACACAGAGGACAGAGAGGAGGAGAUCAAACAGAUGGAGGUCUACAAGAACCACUCUAAGUUUAUGAAGACGAAGAUUGACCAGCUGAAGCAGGAGUUGUCAAAGAAGGAGUCGGAGCUGUUGGCUCUGCAGACAAAACUAGAGACCCUCAACAACCAGAACUCAGACUGCAAACAGCAUAUCGAGGUGCUCAAAGAGUCUCUCACUGCCAAGGAGCAACGUGCUGCCAUCCUGCAAACAGAGGUGGAUGCUCUACGUCUGCGGCUGGAGGAGAAAGAGGCCUUCCUGAACAAGAAGACUAAGCAGCUGCAGGACCUGACGGAGGAGAAGGGUACUCUCGCCGGAGAAAUCAGGGACAUGAAGGACAUGCUAGAGGUCAAAGAAAGGAAGAUCAAUGUCCUGCAGAAGAAGAUUGAGAACCUACAGGAGCAGCUGCGGGACAAAGAUAAGCAGCUGGGGAACCUGAAGGACAGGGUCAAGUCUCUGCAGACCGACUCCAGUAACACAGACACUGCACUGGCUACUCUGGAGGAGGCGCUGUCAGAGAAGGAGAGGAUUAUAGAGCGUUUAAAGGACCAAAGGGAGAGAGAAGACAGAGAACGUCUGGAAGAAGUGGAGUCCUACAAGAAGGAGAACAAGGAUCUGAAGGAGAAGGUCAACAGCCUGCAGAUAGAAUUAACUGAGAAAGAGUCCAGUCUCAUUGAUCUGAAGGAACAUGCUUCAUCCCUUGCGUCUUCUGGCCUCAAAAAGGAUUCAAAGCUCAAAUCACUGGAGAUUGCCAUCGAGCAGAAAAAAGAGGAGUGUAGUAAGUUGGAGACGCAGUUGCAGAAGGCCCACGAGGUGGAGCAGCAGUCGGGCUCCAGAGGGAACCCAGAGUACAUGGACCGAGUGAAGCUGCUGGAGAAGGAGGUGAGCUACUACAAAGACGAGGCCAGCAAGGCUCAGGCGGAGGUGGAGAGACUCCUGGACAUCCUGCGAGAGGUGGAGACUGAAAAGAAUGACAAGGACAAGAAGAUUGCUGAGUUGGAAAGACAAGGUGGCAAAGACCAGACUAAGAAGGGGCCAAACAUCAAACUGGGACCACAAGGGGACAAGAAAGGCUUAGGACAGGACCCUCGUAAGGACAGCUCCAUGGAUAGUGGCCACCACUUAAAGCUGGAGGAGCUGAUGAACACGCUGGAAAGGACGAGGCAGGAGCUGGACGCCACCAAGCAGCGUCUCUCCUCCACACAGCAGUCUCUGCAGGAGAGGGACUCCCACCUCACCAACAUGAGACAAGAGCGCAGGAAGCAGCUGGAGGAGAUCCUGGAGAUGAAACAACAAGCUCUGCUGGCAGCCAUCAGUGAGAAAGAUGCUAAUAUUGCACUGCUGGAGCUGUCUGCCUCCAAUAAAAAGAAGACCCAGGAGGAGGUGCUGGCCCUCAAGAGGGAGCGGGACAAACUGAUGCACCAGCUCAAACAACACACACAAAGCAGAAUGAAGCUAAUAGCUGACAACUAUGAAGAUGACCAAUAUCAUCCACAACAGCACCCACACCACGCCCAGCAUCCACGUCACCCGUCGCCCCAUCAUCGUGGAGGGCCAGCCCGAGGACCCCCACAUGCUGGACACCGCCCCUCCCCGGACCAGGAUGACGAGGAGGGCAUUUGGGCAUAA